UUUAAGAUCCCUUCAGAUAUUGAUUGUAUUCAGUUAUAUAUGUAUAUGCGUGUGCGUGUGUCCUACUUGUUUCUUUAUUUCCUCUUUUCCUUUUCAUUUUCAAAACAUAAAUGAUGGAACAAUUACAAACAGCGUUAACAGCAAUUAAGGUUUUACGUUCUAGCGUUGGACAAGUGUUCGAUUCUCUUGCAAAUGGAUUACGAGCCGAUCACGGAGAAGAAAAUAAAGAAGCCAAAUAUUUAUUAGAGUUACAAGAAUUGUUGACAACAGUGAACGUUAAUUUAAGGGAUGUAGAACAAGCGGUAAACAGUUUAAAUCCACCACCGGGCCCGUUUAAUCUAGCAAGCACAACUUAUCUUAGCCAAGAGACCACACAGGAAAGACAAGCACUUUAUAGUUCUCUCGUUAAUAGUUAUAAGUGGACAGAUAAAGUUCACGAGUAUAGUAAUGCUGCUCAAACAUUAUUAAAUCAAAAUUCAUUAAAGAGAUCUUAUACAAAUACCAGUAGAGCGAAGAGAGGUAGAGUUCAAACUAGUAAUCACAAUGUACCUCCACAACAAGUAGACUCCAUGAUAGCUACUUUUGAUCGAUUGUUUAACGAUAUGACAGUAUCUGUAUCCCGACCAUUUGCAUCAAAUGCAGUAUUACAUGUUACAUUGGGACAUGUACUAAAGGCAGUAAUAGCGUUUAAAGGCGUAAUGAUCGAAUGGGUUGUCGUUAAGGGUUAUGGAGAGAGAAUGGAUUUAUGGACAGAAUCAAGGCAUAAAGUCUUUAGGAAAGUAACAGAAAAUGCUCAUGCUGCGAUGUUACACUUUUAUUCGCCUGCACUUCCUGAAUUAGCCGUUCGAUCAUUUAUGACUUGGUUUCAUAGUUUAAUCAAUUUAUUCAGCGAACCAUGCAAACGUUGUGGUCUACAUCUACACAGUGCUUUACCUCCAACAUGGAGAGAUUUUCGUACUUUGGAACCGUAUCAUCAAGAAUGUAAACCAUAGAAAUGGUUUAAUAAACUCUCUCAAAGUAUUUUUGAUAAGUUCUCUUUUUUUUGUUUUUCGUUUCUUUUCUUUUCUUUUCUUUUUUUUCUUUUCUUUUUUUUUUUUUUUUUUUUUCUUUUUUUUUUCCGUUUCUUUUUUCUCUUUUAAUAAGAAAAAAUUAUCUACUAUGGCCAAUAAGGCUAUAGAGUAAGAAUAUUUGGAAUAAUUUACAAAUCUUUAAUUUUUUAAUACAAAUGCUUCAUAAAGAAGCAAAAAGAUUCACUAACCGUUUGUUUUGAGUACAUGUGUCUGUAUUACGUAAAUAUUAAAUAAAUAUUAAUGCUUUCAAAGAAAUAUUACUGUCUAUUAAUUUUUCUAAUUAUAACUAUCAUAAUGUUACACGUUUAAAAAGUAAUUAAUUGGUUCUAUCCUUGUAAAUUUCAUAUAUUUAAAUAUAUUUAUUAAUAAAAUCUGAGAAUAUCGUCUUAUCCCUUGUAAAAUGUGUGUAUAUCCUAUGGGGAGGUAAUCGCAGUGUAAGAGAAGAGAGGUAAUAUAUUUCAAAACCUGGAAUAUAUAUGCUUCAAACGCUUCUUCUAUCUAUUAUAGUCUUAAUACAACAAAGGUAUAAAUGAAACAUUUUUCACAGAGAAUAAUAUAGGGCAUUUAUAAAAAGAACUCAAUUAUACAAUACUUAACAAAUGUAGAAUUUGAAAUUGUAAAAAAAGUAACAUUGCAAAAUGGAUGUGCAUUUAAUUUCCAAUAUGAAUCGAUAAUGCGAUCAUCAUUCAGAUUUAAUUAAAGCCAUAUGAAAGAGCAAAAUAUGAAUUAUCGUCCUUUCAGAUUAAAAGAACUUUAUCAAAGGAAGAUAAAGAUACUAUUGACAGAUUGGAAUUGGAACUUGGCAUUUUUUUAGCGGAUAAACACGGCUGUACUAACUUUUAAUUAUAAUAUACAAAUGAGCAGGCAUAAAUGUUGUUUUCCUUUUCGAAUAUAAUAGCUCUGCAUUCAGUGAUUUCCUUUUGCAUAUCCUAUGUAUGUAUACCACUCUUAUAGUAUGUAUACGCUAGGUAGUUUUAUUAUAUAAUACUAAUUAGUAUCAUAUGUAAAUAUAAGUAUUUUUCACACAACUGUACACAUUCACAUUUGGAAUAUUGGCACUCUGUUAAGAGUGCAAGUCGUUAAAGUGGCAGUGAUCUAUUUUACAAAUCUUUAUUGUGAUCGCUCACUUUGCUGGACUCUUGCAAGUUUUUCAUUGUAAGGCUCUAUGUACGUUGCAAUAUUCAAUGAGCACAAUACGCAUCAUUGACUCGAAACUAUUUAUGCGAUCGUUCUACCUCGUCUAUCGUGUUUAUCGAAUACGUUAGAAGUGCGCGAUAUAUUAAUUCAUUCGCUAAAAACGAAUAUGAACGAAUAUAAUCGUUACCACGCAUAAUGUGUAUCACUUAUCGAUCAUCAAAAACUUUUCGAUUAUGCGAAAGAUUAAGUGCACUACACGUUUGCGUAGAUUUAAAGCAAUAUUCCUUUUUCUUUUGCGUCUCAAUGUGUGCUGCGCGCAUGUGUGUAGACCGUAUGUGCGUAGACUGUUAUAUCAUCGUUUGUAUACGUGCAAUUUUUAAUUUUACAUUUCUUAUAAUUUCAGUGCGAUCUUAAAUCAAAGUGAAAUAUAUUACGACAACGAACACUCAACGAUAUUUCGCGAUGAACACAUAUGCGCGGCAUGCCUUUUCUCAGUAAGUGGAAAGAUUCAAAAAGAGAUCCAAAUGUAUAUGUACGUUUUGUCUUGAACAAAAAUACACUUAUAAUUUACUUUAAAUAUACUUCCAAAGUAUAUCCUUAUUUAAAUCAUUUUCUUAGACAAAUCUUCCUUAAGGCAUGUCAGAGGAGGAAUUCUCUGAUUAGCGUGUAUCUUUGAAUGAUGUAUUUACGCGUCAUAAAAGUUAUCGAUGUUAAUUAUUUUCAAUGAUUCGAAAGAUGAAAACAAAACUCUUUUAAAAAAGAAGUAUCGACUUUACGAUCGAAGACGCAUAUCUAGUUUGAGUCAAAGCAAUUGCAACUAUAAUAUUAUAAUGUCCUUUACAGGGUCGUCGUCAUCGUGUGUUUGUCCUGCGUCUACGUAUGCAUGUGUUUUAUAUAUAUAUAUAUAUAUAUAUAUAUAUAUAUGUAUAUAUGUAUGUAUAUAUAUAUAUAUAUGCGCGCGCGCGUGUGUACACGCUCACAUACAUACACAUAUGUAUAUACGUAUUAUUUGUUUAUAAGCUUGUAAUGAUUUAAAAAAUGGAUAUGCUAGCAAUACUCGGUCCGUAAUUAUUGUACAGCCAUUAGUAAUGUAAGUAAAAAGACGUACAAUUUCGUUCGUCUGACACACGUUUUUCCCUUACGACUCUUUAAAUUUGUUCUUCGAUCAUUUAUUUUAUUAAUUUGAUACGUAACACUACUAACUACUUAGUUACUAAUAACCUUUAUACGUGUAUAUGCACCUAGCCUAAAUAUUGUUAAAUUUGAUAAUAUCAAUAAUGUUGAAUUUGAUAACACCAUCGCGCGUAAAUGCAAGGAAAUCUACUUUAGCGUUUAUCUUCGGUUCACUUGAUUUUUUAUUGCCUUUCUUAUUGAUUUCUGUAUGUCGUGGACAGCUUAGGAUUAAAAGUAUUCUCUUUUCUUUUUCGUUCUCUUUAUCUUUAUCAUUAUCUUUUUUACAUUACAUCUUGCAGUGCACUGUCCGAAGUUUCAUUGUUCAUUGAGAGUUUCUUGAGUGUCUAUUCUAAAACACCAUAUUGCAUUUAUGCCAUAUUACAUUUCAAAGAGUUCGUUCAACAUACGAAUACGUUCGUUCUCUUACUUCGAUUACUAUAGGAAAGAUUUGCUUCGUAAAGAUUUCGUUAAGUUCAAUUAGUCAAAAGAAUCUGUCUUAUUCCUUUUUCCGACCUAUGUACAUAUAUAUGUACGUAUGCAUAUGAUUAACGAGCAUUUCGAGAGCAUUUUUUAAAGAACAAAAUAGGAGUAAAUGUUUUCCCUUUCUCUUUCUUACAAGGAAAAGUCUAAUAAUAAUAUACGGAUAUUAAACUGUUGGAAUAUCUUCUUUAUGAUUAUUAUAUGCGAAUCCGUUCUUUUGAAAAAUAAUGAUCGUCAAUCAAAUCAUUAACGACAAUGACAAACAAUUUUAAUCGAGGCAUUUCAAAUAAAAACUGUGUCAAUUCUGUGCAGUACCCUUUAAAUAUAUUACUGUUGUUCAUUGUUUCUCCUUUUGACAAAGCUUGUAUAUGAGAAUUUAACGGAGAAAACGGGCGUGUAUCGUUGCGAAAGACGAGAUUAUUAUACAUUUACUUCUCUAAUUUAAUAUAUAAUAUGAUAGGUAUAGUCAAAGUAUACAAGUAUAUACAUAUUAUGUACACGUAAAUGCAGAAAGAUUUUCUUUCCUUUCAACUUUUUUUCUUCUUUUACUCUUUCCUUCUUUUUUUCUUUUUCUUUUUUUUUCUUCUUUUUAUUUUUACACGAAACCUGCUUCAAAUCGAACGGUCAUAAGUUUCGAUUAGGUUAGAAAGUUCGAUGAUUGAGUUUAAAUAAGAAAAAGCAUGCCUUGCUCGCUAUCGCGUUUCGAUGAUCUUUUUAUAUUUCUUUGAAGAGGCAUCAGCUUCUAAGAAAUGUUCAAGAUAAAUCGUCUAUAAGCGGGUACCAUUGUUUUUUUUUUCUUUUAUCUUUUUUUUCGUCUUUUUUUUUCUUUUUCUUUUUCUUUUCUUUUCUUUUUUUUCUUUUUUCUUUUUUUUAUUACUAUUAAUCUUGCGCACGACGCGCGCCACUUUUAUGCUUCCAACUUAUGGAUUUUCGUAUCAUUUUCUCAAAUACAAAGGAUUUAUAUAUAAUUUCCGAUGUUCUUUAAUUAAAAACAAAAGAAGUACAUUUCAUUAUAUUAUUAAUCAGUUAACGCGACCCGCGUUUUUAACGGCGAUCACGCCAUCUCUCAUAUGCGAAUGAAACUAAUUUUCGAAAGGAUCGUAGAAAUGUAGCGCGCGUCUUAUUUUGCAAAUUUUGUUUCGACAAGAAGGAAUAUAAUCGUACUUUAGCUCGUAAAAGUUUUUUCGUUGCACGAUCGAUCGCUGUUUUGCGAUCGCUAGAAAAGAAUCAAUAUCUUUCGUGAAUAUAUCAGGAACGAUCAUAAAUCUUACGAACGAUAUUUCUUCUUUCUCGAAAGCGAUGAAAAUGAUGAUGGAAGAAGCUUUACAUUUGUCAAAAAUUACUUCGAAAUCAACGAUAGAAAAGUGAAUUAGAUGAGGUAUUAUGCGUUUAUUUGAAACGGUGAACGAUCGAGGAGAGGGACGAUACAUAUGAGAAAUAUGGAAAAAGAAAAGUGAGGGGAGAUAGGGAGAGGGAAUUUCUCCCGCGCUUUUUUCGAAAUUUAAAUUGUCUUUCGAUACCUUGCACUAUAACGCAUUACUCUAUUGCGGGUUUCGGAAUAUCCUCUCUUUCUCCUCCUCCUCCUCCUCCUCUCGAAUAUGUCACGUCUUAGGCACAAAUCACUUUUUUCGCAGCUCUUUUUAACGAAACUAAACUCGCUCUCUCUCUCUCUCUCUCUCUCUCUCUCUCUCUCUCUCUCUCUCUGUUUCUUUCUUUUUUUCUUUGACAUUCGUUCAUCCGUGGUAUCUUUUCAUCGAGAGUUCUCUGAACUUAUUCGCGUUCAUCCAUCGUCGGCAUAAUUAUUUCUCUCUCUCUCUCUCUCUCUCUCUCUCUCUCUCUCUCUCUCUCUCUCUCUCUCUCUCUCUUUAGGAUUCUUCGUAGGUCCUGGCGCGCUCCAAGUUCUCGACGUAGCUCCAUCCGAAGUUCGUUGCAUUUGCAGCGCGACGUAAGCUGUUCCUCAAAAAGACCGCACAAGCUUUGCUACUCUCCGUGAUAAUCUCGUAGAGCUGACUUUCCAGGUUGAGACUGUUCGUGACACCGCUGUUCGGAAAGCGUGGCGGGGGAAGCGGGGGCGGUGGCCUCUCCGGUUGAGCGGGAGCGACGGAAGAUCGCUCGGAUCCAGCUGCAAACACAACUGCAGAAUCAUAUUAAUCAGAUGUCAAUUUCUUUUUCAGGUACCUUGCGAGCUUAACUACUUCAAUUUUGGAUUUUUAUUAGGACCUCCCAAUUCACUAAUAUUAUCGAUUGCAAGCGUCUAGGAAUUGAUACAACGAUAAAGCCAAGGUGAUUUAUGUUUGUCAAGGUUUUUAAGCCUUACAUGAAUCUGGAUGUGGCUUCUCUUCUGCCACCAUCAGGGCUGCACUCUCUGCUGGCGUUAUAUUCCAGAUCUUCUUUGAAGGCAUCGAUUUAACAUGCACUUAUGGGAUAGAAUCAACAAGUGCUAAUACCUCAAAUUUAACUUAUCAGCUACAAAUUAUAUCAUCCUUCUUUGGAAUUUAUAUAUAUAUACUUGAUAUGAAGUAAUAAUGCAUUUCACAGUUUCGAGCCUUGUAAUAUGACAGCGUUUCACUGGCCUGUGUAGUAGACUUGAAAUACGAACAAAUGCAAUCUAAACAUUUUCAGAAUUUGUAUUAAUUUGUAUUAAUAAAAAAUAAAAAUUUUCUUCGUCAUUAGAUGAAUUUAAUUGCUCAGCUAUUAAAUAUUUGAAUUAGUAAGUUAGUUAUAUGUUUAUAUAUUUUAGACAAAUAAAUAGUUGUUAAUAUUAUGGAUGUAUUAAUAUUAUUAAUAAUAAUUUCUGAAAUGUUUCUUUGACGUGAUACAUUAGAAGGCAAAAAAUUUGAAUUUAUAUAAGUUAAUAAAUGACUGUAAACCUUCAA